AUGGACAGUGACUUAGACCAGCCAUUGGUGGACUUUCAGAUGACGGUUCACGUUUUCGGCAAUAGCCCGUCACCGGCGGUGGCAACGUUUGGUCUUAGGAAGGCAGUUGGGAGAUCCACAGAAGAUGUGAGGGAUUUAGUAUGUAACAACUUCUAUGUGGAUGAUGGCCUUUUAUCCUGCGCAACUGAAGAGGAGGCCAUUAGCCUUGUGCAUCGUACCAAGGAAGCACUACAAGAUGGCGGAAACAUUAGACUUCACAAGUUUUGCUCCAAUAGCAGGAGAGUGUUAGAUUCAUUUGCCCCAGAAGACCUGGCAAAGAACUUGAAAAACCUUGACUUUGGGUCAAAUACCCUUCCAGUACAACGCAGCUUGGGAUUGUUAUGGAACACAGAGAUGGAUGAAUUUACCUUUAAAGUCAACACAGUAGAAAAAGCAUACACUAGACGAGGCUUGUUGUCUACUAUAAACAGUGUAUAUGACCCGAUUGGCUUUGCCCAGCCUGUCGUCAUCAGAGGCAAGUUGCUGUUACGAGAGAUGAUGUCUGUGACGACAAAUACGGACUGGGAUGAACCGUUGCCUGCAUUUCUGCAUGAUGAAUGGUCAUCAUGGGUUGAUUCCCUGAGUCACCUGGAAAGCUUUUGUGUGCCGAGGAGUUACAGCAGUUCGUUUGUCAACGCCACCAGACGUGAAGUGCUUGUGUUCUGUGAUGCUUCGAAGGACAUUAUUGCAGCUGUGGCAUAUCUCAAACUUCAGGAAAAUGAGACGUCAAGCAUCAGUUUCUUGCUUGGAAAAGCCAAGGUUGCCCCUGUCCAUGGGCACACUAUCCCUCGGCUCGAGCUGUGUGCGGCAGUUUUAGCAACCGGAAUUGCCGAGAUUGUGAGAGAUCAGCUGAACAUCCCACCACAGGACUUUCAUUUCUUUUCGGACAGUCAGAUAGUACUUGGCUAUAUCUCAAACGAAAGUCGUAGAUUCUAUGUGUAUGUGGGAAACAGAGUGGCACGCAUUCGUCUCUUCAGUAUGCCAACCCAAUGGAAGUUUGUUCAAUCUGAACUUAAUCCAGCAGACGUUGCCACCAGGCCUGUACACCCUUCUAUGCUGCAAGAUACAAGCUGGAUAUGUGGACCAACCAGCCCGCUCAGUGCUCCAAUUGAACACUUUGAAUUAGUGGACCCAGGGUGUGAUGUGGAAAUUCGCCCAGUGUUAACCAGCAACAAGACAGACAUAAUAGAUGUAGCACAGUCAAAUCAUGAGACAAAGCCACCAACUUAUCAGACAGAAGUAUUCUCUGAGAGGUUCACUAGAUUUUCCAAGUGGGACAGGCUUAUACGUGCAGUCGCCCGUCUGAAAUUUAUGAUUCGACAGUCUCAGAAAAACAUUGACAACUUACCUGAUAGUCCCAGUGAUCCGGAACUCUUGAAGGAGAGUGAACGUUCCAUCAUUGCGUCAGUUCAGAGAGAUGUAUUCAGCACAGAAUUUCGAUGCAUUGAAAACUGCCUGGACAUUCCACAUUCUAGUACUAUCAGAACUUUAUGCCCAAAAAUUGGUGCAGAUGGACUGUUACGUGUUGGUGGACGGUUGAACAAUGUGUCUGUUGAUGUGCUAAACGAUAACAUGCGCAACCCUAUUAUCCUACCAAAGAACCAUCAUGUUAGUUAUCUCAUCAUAUGUCAUUUACAUCAGAAGGUAUUCCAUCAAGGUAGACUUUUUACAGAGGGAGCUGUACGUUCUGCCGGAUUCUGGAUAGUGAAUUCAAAACGGAUGACCACUUUAGCGAUAAGGACUUGCGUUGUAUGUCGUAAACUUCGGGAACAGCCAGGAUGGCAGCAUAUGGCGGAUCUUCCAGAGGAUCGUUGUGAACCGUGCCCCCCAUUUUCGUAUGUGGGAGUUGACACCUUUGGCCCAUGGCCAGUUGUGCAUCGUAAAACAAGAGGUGGAAGUUCAAAUCAGAAACGUUGGGCGAUAUUGUUUACCUGCCUUGUAACUCGGGCUAUUCAUAUUGAGGUCAUCGAUGAACUUACCAGUGCUGCAUUCAUAAAUGCAUUGAGACGUUUUAUCGCAAUUCGUGGUCAAGUCACACAAUUCCGCUCCGACAGGGGAACGAACUUCGUUGGCGCUGUAAGCGAUCUCUCCAUAAAUGCAGAAUUCAUUGAGAAUGGUCCUGUUUCCAAGUUCCUGUCAGAUUCCCGGAUUGUGUGGAAAUUCAACCCUCCUCACGCUCCACACAUGGGAGGAGCAUGGGAGAGACUCAUCGGUGUUUCAAAAAGAGUUUUGAAUGCCAUGUUACUUGAUCACCAGCAAAGAGACAUCACACAUGAUGUACUGACCACAUUGAUGGCAGAAGUGUGUGCUAUUGUUAACAAUAGACCAUUAACAGAUGUUUCUAGUGAUCCGGAAGCACCUACUCUACUUACCCCGUCGAUGCUGUUGACAAUGAAGACAAAACAUGAUGUUAAACCUUUCCCUUCAUUUGGUUCCAAGGAUGCCUUAAAAUCUACCUGGAAACGUGUGCAAGUGAUGGCAGAUGAAUUCUGGCAUAGAUGGAAAACUGAUUACCUCCAUAACCUACAAUAUCGCAGGAAGUGGCAGGGCCAUGCUGUGGAUUUGAAACACGGAGACUUAGUUCUAUUGAUUGAAGAUGAUUCCCCGCGAAACGAGUGGCCCACCGGUAUCAUACAAAGAACAUUCCCCAGCCAAGACGGAAAGGUCCGCAAAGCUGAGGUUGCAGUUUUUAAGGACAAUAAACGUGUCACUUAUGUGAGACCAGUCACCCGACUCAUAACCCUUUUGGAGACUGAUUCACAUUUUGUGUACUUAGAAUUUGUGAUUUGUUAA